UCCUGGAACAGCAGCUCUUUUCAAGGCUAGUUGUGACAAGAGCAGGCCCACAUUCAGCCACCUCAUCCAGGCCUUAUCAAAGAAGAGUCUUAUAUGAGAUGAAAUGGUUGCCUUUCCCCCACAAGAUUAUAUUUUUCCUGGUAUGCUCUACUUUGACACAUGUGGCUUUCUCAGGAAUUUUCAAAAGACGUGACUUCACUAGGUGGCCUAAGCCCCGAUGUAAAAUGUACAUCCCACUGGACCCUGAUUACGAUGCAGACUGCCCCAAUGUGACAGCACCUGUUUGUGCCUCAAAUGGCCGCACUUUCCAGAAUGAGUGUUUCUUUUGUGUUGAACAGAGGGAAUUUCAUUAUCGUAUAAAAUUUGAAAAAUAUGGAAAAUGUGAUUAAUGGGUACCAGAGUACCUACACUUGCUUAUUCUUUUUUCUACUUAAUUCAGAAUAGUAUUUCUUUUGGAGUGUGAGGAUGUAAAUUAAAUAACAUCCCUAUGCUGUACUUAAAUAUCAAACAAAAUGGGAGACAAAAACGAAGGAAUCAAACUGACAAGAA